CACACCCACACUAUAUUCCUCCUCUUAACCAGUGGUCAGUUCACACAAACGCCAUUUCCCCUUUCUUCAUCUUCAUCUUCCUCGCCGCUCAGAACUGCCAUGGCGUACGACUGCGAGAAGCACUGCAAGAAUAAGCGCAAAAAACUCGUGAAACUAAUCGGCGCUAUCAUCGGCAUCUUCAUCGUCCUCGUCCUCUUCACCAUCCUCAUAAUCUGGGCCGUCCUCCGCCCCACAAAGCCCACUUUCGUCCUCCAAGACGUCACUGUCUACGCCUUCAACGCCACCGUCCCCAGCUUCCUCACCUCCAAUUUCCUUCUCACAGUCACCUCCCGCAACCCCAACCGCCGCAUCGGAAUCUACUACGACGACCUCCGCGUCUACGCCGUCUACCGCAACCAACAGAUCACUCUCCGGACCAUCAUCCCCGGUUUCUACCAAGGCCAUAAAGACGUCAACGUAUGGUCCCCUUUCGUCUCCGGCACCGCCGUACCGGUAGCUCCGUACAUCAGUUCGGCUCUGAAUCAAGACCGAAGCGCCGGAGCGCUGCUGCUGCUAGUUAAACUCGAAGGACGGGUCCGAUGGAAGGUGGGGAACUUCAUUACCGGCCGGUAUCAUCUCCACGCGAACUGCCCAGCGGCGAUUAACUUCGGCGGGUAUCCGAGUCCGAGCGAUGGGUCGAUUGUUCAGUAUAACGUCAAGUACCAGGUUGUUCAGCGAUGCGACGUCAGUGUUUGAGGGUUUUAUACAAAGUGCACAAGCCGUGUUGGAAAGAAAAAAACAAUAUAAUUUUCUGCAAAAGGAUUGGCGGAAAUUAAAUGUGUUUAAAUUUUAAUAAAUGGGAUUAGUGGGAAUGUAUGGUAAUUAUUGUCUCCUUCGGUGGCAUUUUCGUCAA